CAGGGAGCGCAUUAGAGCAUCAACAUUUGGACCAUGGCGAAAGCGAUGUCAAUUCGUUUCGAAUAAUAUUUUGUUUUCACUUAUUUGUGUUGUUCAGUGUUUGUUUCUUAGUGAAAAUAAUAAUUGUUAGCUUAUUCGGUUUGUAAGUGUACAUUGAAGUGAUAAAGUUUUAUCUCCAAAGUUUUAAGUUUUGUGUGAAAAGUUGUAAAAGUCACUCGAGGAUUCAGGUGUCAAUGAGGAUGUUAUUCACCUCAUACACAGCACCGUUCAGCUGAAGUUUGAAGGUGGUAUCUCGCCAUGCAGAGUGCGGGUGGGAGCAGGGCCUGUGCGCCAUGAGCCAUACUCCUGGAGGCGGCCACCCGCAAGGUUGGGAGCACAAGCUUGCAGACCGGUCGUCGCUGCCGCCAGCACCGGGGGAGGAGAAAACAAAAUCUCAAUCCAAACAUGUGUUCACACAGCCCCAUAUCCCUAAAACGAGCGCUAUGUGGUGGCGCGAAGAGACGGAAGGUUCGUCGGGCAGCAGCGCACGCUCGCCCGCCUCACCUCCCUAUGUACGUUGGGCUAGAGCCCUGCAUUUCCUGCUCGAGGAUGCAGAGGGCGUGCGUCUGUUCCGUAAGUUCGUGUGCGGAGCCGGCGGAUUGCACGUCGAUCGGCUCAACUUUUACUUCGCCGUACACGGCUUGCGACAGGAGACCGAACCGUCCAAGAUCCGGCAAGUCGUGUCGGCUAUAUACAAAUUCCUGCGGAAGUCUCAGCUAACGAUGCCGGAAGCGCUGAAGUCGCAGGUGAAGCAGGCGCUCAAAGAUGGCGCAUCCAUCGAGAAGACUAUCUUCGAUGAAAUGGAGCAAGAGGUGACGCGCGCCAUAACUGAAACGACGUACCAAUCGUUCCUCCGUUCGGAGGCUUACGUCUCGUACGUGAGUGCGGCCACGCAGCCUCUUUCCUCGCCUGACGCUUCGCCACCUCAACAUAGAGAGAUGUCAGUAUGCGGCCUGGCAACAUUGCACGAAGGGCAGGAGUUGUCAGGCGCGAGUGCGAACACGAGCUCGAGUACGAGCGCACGUCUCACUCACGACGCACUGCUCGCGACUCAGUCGCGGAGACUCCACUCGGACGUCGCACCUCACCGUCACAAGCGGUCAGUGUACAGCGCUCACGUGUCGUACGCGGGUUAUACGCCGACGUCGCGUCAGGACUCAGAACGGGGCAGCCUUAGCAGCGGACGUACCGAUAGUGAUGCUGUCUCGCUUUCCGGCAGUAGCGUGGAUGGUAUGUCAGUGCGCGGCCCCAGAGAUAGCCGGGAGUCGCGGCAUCGGCAGCGCUUGUACGGAAUGGACAGACAGGCCGUCAUUAACAAGGAACAGGAUACUGCAAUGAUGAUCCCCCGUACCCAACGAGUCCAGUCUGAACAAUUACGAGUUCUGCCACCGGCUGAAUUUGCUCCGCUUCUGAUUGAGAAAUUAGAAAGAGUGAGAAGAGAUCGAGAAAACAAGGAGAGACUGGAACGGAGAUUAGCUGAGGGUGAGGGUGACGAGACCUCAUCUCAAGUGCUUCCACCACAGUUAGUUGCUGCUGCCAUUCGGGAGAAGCUCCAGCCAGAUGACGACAACGAUCAGGAUAUUCUUGAUCAGCACGUAUCCCGAGUAUGGUCCGAGCGCACUCCGGGUGGAUCUCCUCCUGGUGGAAGACGAGCGCGGAGACACAAUCGACGAGCUCCUUCCUGUCUCUCUGCUGAUUCGGGCCAUUAUGAUGAACCGCCGCAUCUUGCUACACGCAGAUCGUUCUCGAAGAAAACGGUGACAGAGCUGACAGACAGUGGCGUGUCGGUGGUAAGCGAGGGUGGCGUGAGUGGGCUCAGUGCUGCCAGUGAGCCCCGGAUCCUUCUCUGGAUCGCUGAAGGGGAAAGGGGGGAACGGAGGGCAACUUCGGCUGAUAGACAUCGCCGGCAAACACGCGGCGGCGGCAGCAAGAGCAGCAGCACCAGUGGGGGCGUGGAGCAGACCGUGGUGGUGGCCCACUUCUUGGACGAGAGCGUGCCUUACCGCUUCAAAGUGCCCGCUUGCCCUCUCACACUCAAGACCUUCAAGGAGUAUCUGCCGCGAAAGGGGAAUUACAGAUAUUUCUUCAAGACGGAGUGUGCGGAUCUAGACAACACAGUGAUUCAGGAAGAAGUCAGUUGUGACAAUGAGACGCUGCCCAUGUUCGAGGGGAAGGUCAUGGCCCGCGUCAAAGCUAUUGAGUAACUUCAGGAAUAUUGAAAAUGUGUUGAAUUAUUUGCUACGGAAAUGUUAGCUUUUAUGAUUUCUGUAUUGGACUUUGGUUCUUUACAACAAAAAGUUCUCUCCGAUAUAAUAAGGGAGCGUUUAAGUAUUACGUCACGCAAUUUUUCGGAGAUUAUUGACCUCCCCCUCCCCCCGUGUAACGCGCCGUAACGUUUUUCUGUAGCCAAGUAUAGUAAAACGUGACU